GUGGCUCCUGUUCUCCAGGGUGGUGGUCGGCGCCGACCCAUCUCCACUCUUCGAGGACCUUUCCAGAUGACGUCGUCGGAGUCGCCCGCGGCCACCGUGCCGUCGGCGCCGACACCGCCGGCCGCCUGCCAGCCGGAGGGCGAGUCGGUAUGGCCGACUGGCCUGGACUCCACCCCCGGCCACCACAGCUCGCCGCACCUGGACGAGGCAGAGCCGGCCGCCGAGCCAGACAGCGGAGAGUUGACUUCCUCGCCGACCUCCCCCGGCCCGUCACCGGAGCCGAUCGAGCGCUCCAGCCACUGUCCGGUCAAAGAGGAGACGACCGAGCUGUGCGCCCCGACUCCGGCGCCCACCGUCGCUCCGGAGUCCGGAGGUCCUCUGGGAGUGCAGCCGGAGUUUCCGCCGGAGGAGCAGAUGCUGCGGGAGCACAAUAUGCCGGCCUACUACCCUGCAGUUUACGACGAGCCUAGCUACACGGAUCUCGACUCGACGCGGGCCUACGAGCACCCGGCCGACGCGGCGGCCUUCUACGGCCCGCUGGGGGCCGGCUACCCGGCGCAGUACGGCCCGUGUGCAGAGCAGUACGGCGGCUACCCUCCCCCCGGCCCGCUGGGCUACAUGGAGACGCCGCCCGGCCUGGCCGGCUACCCGGUGACCGGCGGCGCCCAGGGCUUGCCGGUGACGCCGGGCGGCGCGGCCCAGCCGCCGGCGCCCCGCACCCGGCGCUCCACGCCCCACACCGAGCCGCCGCCCGGCGCCAGCGCCAAGCCCUCCAAGAACAGAGGCUGGCGGGGCAGCUCGAUGAACUACAAAAAGACCGCCUGUGACCGCGAGCGGACACGCAUGCGGGAUAUGAACAAGGCGUUCGAGGCGCUGCGCGAGAGAAUACCCUACUGUAAACCACCCGGCAAGAAGCUCUCCAAAAUCGAGUGUCUACGGCUCACCAUCCGCUACAUCCGGCACCUGCAGAACGUGAUGCGCAUGGCGGACGGCCUGCCGGUCAGCCAGUACGACCCACCCCCGUACACCACGCCCACCCCGUGGAUCUCCACCUACGCGAGCGGGCCGGCCGCCACCUCCACGGUGUAUUCCGAGCCGGCACAGGGGUACACCGGAGGACCCCCGCCGCCGCCCAUGGCGCUCGUAGAGUCGGAGCACUACGAGCCGCCCCCUCACGCCGGUUAUGGAGCUGAAUACUGGCCACCGCCCCACUUCCAGGCUGGCUUCUGAUGGGGUGAGGGUGGUCAGAGGUUAGGGGAUCGGGGUGGUGAAUGUGCUGGUGUGAGCGCAGGCCUGUGCAAAUCUGAUCAGUGAUGUGGCGCAGACGGAUCCAAGCUGAUAUGUGUCGCUCAUGGCCAUGUGAUGCGGAACUUAUGGCCAAAGACUUGUGGCGUUACAUGAUGCUUGCUUCAAAAGUGAAGCCGAUUAAACGGUCGUGAACAGCUAAAGUAAAUAUGGCCCCAUUACCCGAAUAUCAGUGGUGCAAGAAGCAUUCCAUGAAGUGAAGAGGAAAUCGUCGGUAUUUUUUGCAUUGCAGUCAAUAAUGUGUGCCACUGUGCUUCCAUAUUGUAUUAAACAUCUAGUCACCAGGCAGUUUACAGGCCUGAUGGACCAAUCAAUGCUCAAACUGCAUCUAGUCUGCGCUGCAAUGUAACUCGCAUAUUCCAGUUGAGUAAAGCCCUUCUUGCAAGCCUUGGUAACGGUAACUGCAGUAUGCGUCAGUGUAAAAUAUUUUAGUUCAUUGCUCGUUUAGGCGAUAUGUUUGUUUUAUUUACAUCAAAGUAUGGUUAAUGCAUAUGCAGGUGUAUUCAACCGUAUAUCCUGGUUAAACUGUCUUUGAACAAUCAAGUCAACCAACUAGUCAAAUGUGCUAUGCCUAUGCGGCGCUUCGGAUGCAUGAUUUGCCCAUGCUGAUGCAAAAGUUAUUGUGAAUUUUGUGUGUAAGCUCCCCCCCCCCCAGAAAGUAUUACCACUUAAGUUUGAGAAUUACCCACUGUAUAUCGCAUUGCUGACUGAUUUCGAUGUACGGCAUUGCCUGAAUCAUAACUCAUAAGAGUGCUGCGUCCGAGUUCUGAAUAUGUGAGCGAGUGCCUUUGGAGUGCCUUGUGGUCAAGAAAGAUAAUCUUAAGAGUGCCUUCUGGUCAUGCACGACCAUCUUUAGAGUGCCUUCUGGUCAUGCACGACCAUUUUUUUUUGUAGUGCCUUGUGGUCAGGUAGAGCCAUUUUUAGGCCCCGGGCCUGUCGCAUAUGGAUCUGUCGAUGAUGAUCUGAGAGAGUAACAUGUGAAUGAUAUGACCGGCAGGACGACGUCGUACUAUCGUCGAUUGUAAGUUGUAACCAUAAGGUCUCUCGCAAGUGGUCUGUGUUGAUCAAUAUCUUGUCAGCCAAGCGUCUAGUCAAUGAUGAGCGUGUGAUGCGCUGACAACUGUGACAAACCAUGCUAUAUGACGCACAAGCCUAUAAAUAAAGAACGGCUUAGGUGGAUUUAGAA